GGACUGAGGUGGUGGGCUCAGCAAAUGAGCAGUCUUGGGGGACCCUGGGUUGCUCCCGAUCAUCCUUCUCUACUCCUGCACUCUGCAGGUGGACAGAAGAUGAAGCCGAUGAAGAAGGCAUGCAGCAGCCUUUCGGGGGGUCUCGGCAGCGGCAGCAAGUCGCCACCAGCCACCAGGGCCAAGGCCCUGAGACGGCGAGGGGUCGGGGAGGGUGACAAGCCUGAGGAGGAAGAGGACGAAGCCCAGCAGCAGCAGCAACCAGGGCCAGAAGAGGCUGAGGAAGGCGAGGAGGAAGAAAGUGAGCGAGGAAGCCCUAAGGCCGAGGGGCCGCCCCCAGAGCUGCACCCUGGGGACCCAGCCUCAGGUCCGACUGAGGACCCCAAGGGGGAUGGGGAAGCUGGCCGCUGGGAGCCCUCACUCAGCCGCAAGACAGCCACAUUCAAGUCUCGAGCACCCAAGAAGAAGUAUGUGGAGGAGCAUGGGGCUGGCAGCGGUGGGGUGUCUGGGGCUCCGGAAGAGCAGGUACGGACACCUGAAGAGGCCGGGGCACUGGGUGUGCCUCCACGGCCGCCCACCUCGGCCCGCUCUUCCUCCACGGACACAGCCAGUGAGCACUCUGCGGACCUGGAGGAUGAGCCGGCUGAGGCUUGCGGUCCAGGCCCCUGGCCUCCCAGCAGCACGAGUGGUGGCUAUGAUCUGCGGCAGCUGCGGUCCCAACGCGUGCUGGCCCGACGCAGCGAUGGCCUCUUCCUGCCAGCUGUGGUGCGCCAGGUGCGCCGAAGCCAUGACCUGGGCGUGCAGUUCCCUGGUGACCGGGCCCUGACUUUCUACGAGGGUGUGCCCGGUGGAGGGGUAGAUGUAGUUCUGGAUGCCACACCGCCACCUGGUGCACUGGCAGUGGGCACAGCUGUCUGCACGUGUGUGGAACCUGGGAUGGCUGCCUACCGUGAAGGUGUGGUGGUGGAAGUGACCACCAAGCCAGCUGCCUACAAGGUCCGCCUCAGCCCUGGGCCCAGCUCCCAGCCAGGCCUGCCGGGCUCUCUCCUGCAGCCCCCACAGCCAUCACACCGAGAGCCAGAGGAGGCCAUAUGGGUGGCCCGCUCCAGCCUGCGUCUCCUGCGGCCACCCUGGGAGCCGGAGGCUCUGCUGAGGAAGCCUCCUUCUGGCCCCGAGGAAGGGCAGGCUGAGCCCGGGGUCCCCCUGCCGCCCUGCCCUGCUGUCCUGGACCCCAAGCAGCCCGAAGAUGCUGAAGUCUCUAAGAUCAGCUUUGGCAGUGGCCUGGGGGCUCCCUGCGAGGAAGGUGAGGAGAAGCACCCGCCAGCCCUGGGCACCCCGGCCCUACAUCCACUGCCCCCACCCCAGCUUCUGUCGCCGCCACCCAAGUCUCCAGCCUUUGCAGGCCCUGGGCGCCCUGGCGAGCAGCCCUCGCCAUGCCAUGAGGGCAGCCAGGGUGGCAGCCGGAGCAGCAGCGUGGCAUCCCUGGAGAAGGGGGCUGCGCCGGCCACCCGGGCCCGCACACCGUUGACAGCUGCCCAGCAGAAGUACAAGAAAGGUGACGUGGUGUGCACCCCCAAUGGGAUUCGGAAGAAGUUCAACGGCAAACAGUGGCGGCGGCUGUGCUCACGAGAUGGCUGCAUGAAGGAGUCCCAGCGGCGGGGUUACUGCUCACGCCACCUGUCCAUGCGCACCAAGGAGAUGGAGGGACUGGCGGACAGUGGUCCGGGUGGAGCUGGGCGGCCGGCCGGCGUGGCAGCCCGGGAGGGCAGCACUGAGUUCGACUGGGGUGAUGAGACAUCACGUGACAGCGAGGCCAGCAGCGUGGCAGCCCGUGGAGACUCGCGUCCACGCCUGGUGGCCCCCGCGGACCUGUCACGCUUCGAGUUUGAUGAGUGCGAGGCAGCGGUGAUGCUGGUGUCCUUGGGCAGCUCUCGCUCAGGCACGCCCUCCUUUUCUCCUGUUUCCACGCAGUCGCCCUUCUCGCCAGCCCCGUCACCCUCGCCCUCGCCCCUCUUUGGCUUCCGCCCUGCCAACUUCAGUCCCAUCAACGCCUCGCCAGUGAUCCAGCGCACCGCAGUCCGCAGUCGCCACCUGAGUGCCAGCACCCCAAAGGCAGGCGUGCUGACGCCCCCCGACUUGGGCCCCCACCCGCCACCACCCACCCCCCGAGAACGCCAUUCCUCUGGCAUCCUUCCCACCUUCCAGACCAACCUGACCUUCACCGUGCCCAUCAGCCCUGGGCGGCGGAAGACGGAGUUGCUGCCCCAUCCAGGGGCGUUGGGAGCCCCUGGCACAGGGGGUGGAGGUGCUGCCCCAGAUUUCCCCAAGAGUGACAGUUUAGACUCUGGUGUGGACUCAGUGUCUCACACCCCUACACCGACUACACCGGCUGGCUUCCGAGCUGUGUCCCCCGCCGUGCCCUUCUCUCGCUCCCGCCAACCCUCACCGUUGCUGCUGCUGCCUCCGCCUGCCGGCCUGACCUCGGACCCAGGGCCCUCCGUGCGCAGGGUGCCCGCCGUGCAGCGGGACUCCCCAGUCAUUGUCCGCAAUCCUGAUGUGCCACUGCCCUCCAAGUUCCCAGGGGAGGUGGACACUGCCGGUGAGGUGCGGUCUGGGGGACCUGGGCGGGGCUGCCGUGAGACCCCGGUGCCCCCCGGGGUGGCCAGCGGAAAGUCUGGCCUACCCCCACCUCUGCCAGCCCCCGUGCCCAUCACUGUGCCUCCAGCUGCGCCGACUGCCGUGGCCCAGCCGAUGCCCACCUUUGGCCUGGCUUCUUCGCCCUUCCAGCCCGUGGCCUUCCACCCCUCUCCUGCCGCUCUGUUGCCCGUUCUGGUGCCCAGCAGUUACACCAGCCAUCCUGCUCCCAAGAAGGAGGUCAUCAUGGGCCGCCCUGGGACAGUGUGGACGAAUGUGGAACCUCGCUCUGUGGCCGUGUUUCCCUGGCACUCCUUAGUACCCUUCCUGGCACCCAGCCAGCCUGACCCCUCUGUGCAGCCGAGUGAGGCCCAGCAACCUGCCAGCCACCCGGUAGCUUCCAACCAGAGCAAAGAACCUGCUGAGUCGGCAGCUGUUGCUCACGAGCAGCCACCAGGCGGGACGGGAAAUGCUGACCCUGGGCGGCCCCCUGGAGCCACGUGCCCUGAGAGUCCAGGGCCUGGACCCCCGCACACUUUGGGGGUGGUGGAACCCGGCAAGGGUCCCCAUCCCACCACUGAGGAGGAGGCCUCUGGCCCCCCUGGAGAGCCUCGGCUGGACAGUGAGACGGAAAGCGACCAUGAUGAUGCCUUCCUCUCCAUCAUGUCUCCCGAGAUCCAGUUGCCUCUGCCACCCGGCAAGCGCCGGACCCAGUCACUCAGCGCUCUGCCCAAGGAGCGGGACUCAUCCUCUGAGAAGGAUGGACGGAGCCCCAAUAAGCGAGAGAAGGACCACAUCCGGCGGCCCAUGAACGCCUUCAUGAUCUUUAGCAAACGGCACCGGGCCCUGGUCCACCAGCGCCACCCGAACCAGGACAACCGGACCGUCAGCAAGAUCCUGGGCGAGUGGUGGUACGCCCUGGGGCCCAAGGAGAAGCAGAAGUACCAUGAUCUGGCCUUCCAGGUGAAGGAAGCCCACUUCAAGGCCCACCCAGAUUGGAAGUGGUGCAACAAGGACCGAAAGAAAUCCAGCUCGGAGGCCAAGCCCACGAGUCUGGGGCUGGCAGGAGGGCACAAGGAGACGCGGGAGCGGAGCAUGUCGGAGACGGGCACUGCCGCUGCCCCCGGGGUAUCAUCUGAACUGCUGUCUGUCGCAGCCCAGACGCUCCUGAGCUCGGACACCAAGGCUCCAGGCAACAGCUCGUGUGGGCCAGAUCGGCUGCACACUGUUGGGGGGCCUGGCUCGGCCCGGCCCCGGGCCUUCUCCCACAGUGGGGUUCAUGGCCUGGACGGUGGGGAAGACAGCCAGGCGCUGCAGGAACUGACUCAGAUGGUGUCUGGCCCUACAUCAUACUCUGGCCCAAAGCCUUCCACUCAGUAUGGCGCUCCGGGCUCCUUCACAGCCCCUGGGGAAGCAGGGGCCUUGGCAGCCAGUGGACGGCCUCCACUACUGCCCACCCGAACCUCUCGUUCCCAGCGUGCGGCCAGCGAGGACAUGACCAGUGACGAGGAACGCAUGGUCAUCUGUGAAGAGGAAGGGGAUGAUGAUGUCAUUGCUGAUGAUGGCUUCAGCACCACUGACAUUGAUCUCAAGUGCAAGGAGCGGGUGACCGACAGUGAGAGUGGAGACAGCUCUGGGGAAGACCCAGAUGGCAACAAGAGCUUUGGUCGGAAGGUGUUCUCGCCUGUGAUCCGCUCCUCCUUUACCCACUGCCGCCCCACGCUGGACCCUGAGCCCCCCGGACCCCCAGAUCCACCCACCGCCUUCAGCAAAGGCUACUGUCCUGCCCCAUCUUCUUCCUCGGCUGCCUCAUCAACCUCAUCAGCUGCAUCCUAUUCUCUGGGCUCAGGAACCUUCAAAGCGCAGGAGCCGGGACAGGGCAGCGCGGCAGGCCCGCUCCGGCCUCCACCCCCUGGGACUGGGGGCCCAUCGACUCCUUCCAAGGCUGCCCGAUUCCUCCCAGCGGAUCCUGCCCCCUUUCGGAGGAAGAGACCUGAGAGUGUAGGGGGCCUGGAGCCACCAGGUCCCUCAGUCAUUGCAGCGCCUCCCAGUGGGGGAGGGGGCAUCCUGCAGACCCUGGCCCUGCCCCCGGGCAAGGAGGAGCGGGAAGGCAGUGGAGCCCGAGUACCCUCAGCCCCAGCCCCCUCGUUAGGUUAUGGGGCCCCAGCAGCCCCUCUGUCCCGUCCUGCUGCCACCAUGGUCACUAAUGUGGUGCGGCCGGUCAGUAGCACUCCUGUGCCCAUCGCUUCUAAGCCCUUCCCCACCUCUGGCCGGGCUGAGACAUCUCCAGCUGACACGGCAGGUGCCAGGACUGAAAUGAGCACCGGGUCCAGGGUGCCUGGAGGCUCCCCGCUGGGGGUCAGUUUAGUGUAUUCAGACAAAAAGGCAGCGGCAGCCACCUCACCAGCCCCACACUUGGUGGCUGGACCCCUACUGGGCACUGUGGGGAAGGCACCUGCCACUGUUACCAACCUGUUGGUGGGCACCCCAGGCUAUGGGGCCCCUGCACCCCCAGCUGUCCAGUUCAUUGCCCAGGGGACCCCUGGUGGUGGGACCACUGCAGGCUCAGGAGCAGGUGCUGGGAGUGGCCCUAAUGGGCCAGUUCCCCUGGGCAUCCUGCAACCAGGUGCUCUGGGAAAGGCUGGGGGCAUCACCCAGGUGCAGUACAUCCUGCCCACGCUGCCCCAGCAGCUUCAAGUGGCACCUGCCCCAGCACCAGCCCCUGGGACUAAGGCAGCGGCUCCCAGCGGCCCUGCACCCACCACCAGCAUCCGUUUCACCCUCCCGCCGGGCACCUCCACCAACGGCAAGGUCCUGGCUGCCACUGCACCCACUCCUGGCAUCCCUAUCCUGCAGUCUGUACCCUCCGCCCCACCCCCCAAAGCCCAGUCAGUUUCUCCCGUGCAGGCCCCGCCCCCAGGCGGCUCAGCCCAGCUGCUCCCUGGGAAGGUCCUAGUGCCCCUGGCCGCCCCUAGCAUGUCAGUGCGGGGCGGAGGGGCUGGCCAGCCACUGCCCCUGGUGAGCCCACCCUUUUCAGUCCCUGUGCAGAACGGCGCCCAGCCGCCCAGCAAGAUCAUCCAGCUAACCCCAGUGUCAGUGAGCACGCCCAGCGGCUUGGGGCCCCCCGUGAGCCCAGCUCCACUUCCUGGGCCCACCUCGCAGCCCCAGAAGGUCCUGCUGCCUUCUUCCACGAGAAUCACCUAUGUGCAGUCGGCGGGUAGCCACGCGCUGCCCCUGGGCACCAGUCCUGCCUCUAGCCAAGCUGGAGCAGUCACCUCGUACGGGCCCUCAAGCUCUGUGGCUCUGGGCUUCACCUCGCUCGGGCCCAGUGGCCCUGCCUUCGUGCAGCCCUUGCUCUCAGGCCAAGCCCCACUGCUGGCUCCUGGCCAGGUGGGCGUGUCUCCUGUGCCCAGCCCCCAGCUGCCUCCUGCCUGCACAGCCCCUGGAGGUCCUGUCAUCACGGCAUUUUACCCUGGCAGCCCUGUACCCACCUCCUCAGCACCCCUGGCCCAGCCAUCCCAGGCACCCCCAAGCCUGGUCUACACUGUGGCCACCAGUACCACCCCACCAGCUGCCACCAUUCUGCCCAAGGGCCCAUCAGCUCCCGCCACUGCCACCCCUGCUCCUUCAAGUCCUUUCCCUAGUGCCACAGCAGGUUCCAUGACAUACAGCCUAGUGGCCCCCAAGGCCCAGCGGCCCAGCCCCAAGGCUCCCCAGAAAGUGAAGGCCGCCAUCGCUAGCAUUCCUGUGGGCUCCUUUGAGGCAGGUGCCUCCGGACGGCCUGGCCCUGCACCCCGACAACCUCUGGAGCCUGGCCCACCCCGUGAACCGACCACACUCGAGUCUGAGCUCGAGGGGCAGCCCACCCAACCGGCCCCUCCACCACCCCCAGAGACCUGGACUCCCACAGCCCGGAGCAGCCCCCCGCCACCCCCGCCCACUGAGGAGCGGCCUGGCACCAAGGGCCCUGAGACCACGGCCAGCAAGUUCCCCAGUUCGUCUUCAGACUGGCGCGUCCCUGGGCCGGGCCUGGAGAGUCGUGGGGAGCCUCCUACCCCGCCCAGCCCCGCCCCUGCCGCAGCCUCGGGGAGCAGCAGUGAAGGAAGCAGUGGGAGGGUAGCUGGGGACACCCCUGAGCGAAAGGAAGUGGCCAGUGCUGGCAAGAAGGUGAAGGUGCGGCCUCCGCCACUCAAGAAGACCUUUGACUCCGUGGACAACAGGGUCCUGUCGGAGGUGGAUUUUGAGGAGCGCUUUAAUGAGCUUCCAGAGUUUCGGCCUGAAGAGGUGCUGCCCUCGCCCACCCUGCAGUCCCUGGCCACCUCUCCCCGGGCCAUCCUGGGCUCAUACCGCAAGAAGAGGAAAAACUCCACUGAUCUGGAUUCGGCCCCUGAGGAUCCCACCUCGCCCAAGCGCAAGAUGAGAAGACGCUCCAGCUGCAGCUCGGAGCCCAACACCCCCAAGAGUGCCAAGUGUGAGGGCGACAUCUUCACCUUCGACCGCACAGGCACAGAAACUGAAGAUGUGCUUGGGGAGCUAGAGUACGACAAGGUGCCAUACUCGUCGCUGCGCCGCACCCUGGACCAGCGCCGGGCCCUGGUCAUGCAGCUCUUCCAGGACCACGGCUUCUUCCCAUCGGCCCAAGCCACGGCAGCCUUCCAGGCCCGCUACGCAGACAUCUUCCCCUCCAAGGUCUGUCUACAGCUGAAGAUCCGUGAGGUGCGCCAGAAGAUCAUGCAGGCAGCCACGCCCACAGAGCAGCCUCCUGGGGCUGAGGCCCCCCUCCCUGUCCCACCCCCUGCUGGCACCGCUGCUGCCCCUGCCCCAACUCCCAGCCCGGCUGGGGGUCCUGACCCCACCUCACCUGGCUCGGACUCGGGCACAGCCCAAGCUGCCCCGCAACUGCCUCCACCCCCAGAGCCAGGGCCUGGACAGCCUGGCUGGGAGGGGCCCCCACAGUCCUCUCCGCCUCCUUCAGGCCCCUCCACAGCUGCUGCAGGCAGGUGAGGGGCUCUUGAGAAGAUCCCAGGACCCUCAGUACCUCCCCCUCAGGACACGGACAGUACACAGAUGGCAGGAAUGGGGGGGCAGGAUAGUUUGAUCCUCCCCCAUAAAGCCAUUUUGUCCUUUCCAGUUGGGAGUGGAAUGAGGCCUGCACCUCAUGUACAUACCCCGUUCCUCCAGCUCCCACCCUGGGCUGGGGGCAGCUGAGGGGAAGCUAGGGUGCAGCCUCCUCCACUGAGCACCUCCGCAGAACUUGGGGUGUGUGACCUUCAGAGCUUUUCACUUGUACUUUAUGCAAACCGGCUUCUGAGGGCUGCGGGGCAGAGGGCAGUGCAGGCCGUGGCCACAGGGAGGCGCCUGUGGAGUAGGGGAGUUCAUGGACCCCUGCUUUCCCCAGAGGGGCUGGACUCAGGUUAGUUUGGGGGUGGCGGCUCCUGCACUUUGCCACAGGCAUGGGGUUCUCUCCCCACCCCCUCUGCCCUCCCACCUUGGGUUGUACUUUCUAAGAAGGUGAUUUCCCCCACCCAUGCCCCAUCCCCUGAACAAAACAUGUUGAUCAUGUGCAAUAUUUCUUACUGUGCCGACAAGCCGCAAUGACCGAGAUUAAAGCUGUUUAACACA